GGUGUACAGUAACUCAGCAUGAACAAUGCAAAAAUUCCUGCUGGUGACGACGCGUUCCUUUGUGUAAACAAAACCGCAGCCUACUGGUUCGCGGUGUUAAAAAAUAGCGAUUAAACAUUUCCUCUUGGCCAGCGGGAAUGUCGAUAUAAACUCGGAAAUUUAGUUAAAAUCUGGCUGUGACGAUGACGCCCAACUCAGCGUUUGGCCUUCUGAUUGUCGCUUGCGGAUGUAUCGUCAUUACAGAAUCCACCAUCUGCAGACCAGACUCGCUGUUCAAAGUGGAUUGCAACCUUUGCCAAUGUGAUAGUUCCGGAAAGAGGUACACCUGUACAGAAAAAAGAUGUCCGCCCAAAAAUUACGAAGAUUUUGUUAUUGAGAUCGACAAAGAUCAGCGUGUGGUCUUAAAACCCAAACCUACCCCGACGCUCAAGAAAUUCGAUUUAGACGAUGAAUUCCUGUUUUCUCGGAAAUUCGACCUGUCCAAUAUGUUUCAUCCUCUGGGAUUGAGAAAAGACAUGGGUGUAGUCGAGAACAGCGCAGAAAAGAACAACGAAAAACGCAAUACUAAUGACAUAUACAUUUGAAACGUUUCAAUGUAAAGAUUUGAUAUCAAUUAAUUUUAAAUAUAUGUAAUUUUAUAAGUUUUUUUCAAAAACAAAAUCUUUCAUUUAAUCGUCCAUCAUAAAAUAUAAAAGUUUAGAAUUUUGAACAAAUAGAUUUGGCGACCGUAAUACAGGAAACAAAUGCUUAUUGGUAGUUGUCAAAUUGUGAUUUUUGGCUGUGAAAUUCCGUAAUCGAUUACAUUUUUUCAGAAACCAGUGGGAAAAAUCUAUGAAGCAUCCAAGAUCAUGGCUUUUUCUGUUGUGGCGUAAUUUGUAUUCGUUAUUUUUAAAAUUUUUCUAACUUUAGUUCUUUCAAUUCCGUGUAACUAUCUUUCUUAUUUAAUGUAUACUUUUUUCAGCUUUUCUUCUGAAACUAACCGCUGUUAACUAGGUGGUUGAAAAUAAUUCCCGAGAGGGGCAAUAAAUCAAUGGCGUUUGAGAUUAAAUGUAACAAUAAUAUAACAUAUAAAUAAACAAAUAUGUCACAGUUUUAGAAAUAAUGCAAACAUCUCAGGGUCCUUUGCAAGUCUACACUAGACAAUACUAAGCAAAAAUCGAGGUUAAAAAAUUCUCUAUAUUAGCGUAAACGUUUAUUCGUUGUAACAUUGCCACAUUAAAAAAAGGCAUUUCUUACAAAUCAUAUCGCCAUUGUUAAAGAAAAUGUUUAAAGAAAUAUUAGCAAGGUAUUUUGUUCACGCAUGCUGAAUAAGAUUUUUAAUUUACAUAUACCCGUCGAUGUCUCAGCUCGUCAAUAUAUUUCCAUCGCGUUAAAAUGGAGACUAUGCCAUCUCUCUUGAUUAUACAUCAAUCGUGAAUUUGACGAUUCAUUUUGUACGGGUAUUCGUAUGAUCGAUUUUCGUUAGGAGCGCCGAGUUUAUUCUCUAAUUGGGGUGCGUGUCGGCUGGGACGUUUAUUGCCGCAUAUAUAUCCGUUUGGUUUAAUAUUAACAAUAAUUGUUCAGCUCCCAGGAGAAGCACAACGUGAGCGGAUGCUGCCCAGGACUGAUUACCGCUAACCACAGCGCUAAUUGCGCCUGACUAGAUGCAGAAUUUAAACUGCGAAAUUAUCAUUGACGCGGAUCCAUAAGUUGCGAGCGUUAAACGAUAAACGUGUUGGAAGCGUUAAGCGUCAAGUUAGAACGUCAACUGCAGGUAUUCGCGAAUUUAUUCUUCGAUGGUUGCACCCCUAACAAUA